CCGGCACACCGUGUGGCUGCCCAGCGCGCGGCCGCGCCCGGGGAUGGCGGCCACGCCGCCCCUGGCCAAGUCGGGGCGCCGGGCGCCCCAGCGGCCAGGCCGCUGCCGCGGAGCGCGGGCGUGGGCCGUGGCCUGCGCCGCGAGACCGGUCGCGGCGAGGGCGGUGGAGCUGCGCGAGUUGCAGGACAUGUGCUGGGCAGAUUACGGCACAGACGUGGCGUCUGCGUGCUGUUCCAGGUCGCAUUCGCAGGACGGCGGAGCGACGGCCUGCCCGGUGGCACUGCUCGACUCGGCGUUCCCGCUGGAGCUGUGCUGCCUCGGGCCGUCCGCGGCCGAGGCGCCGCUCCGGGGGUGCGAGGCGCCCUUGCAGGAAGCCCUGGUGGCGGCUGAUGGCACGGUGGACGUGCCGGCUGUUCUUCAGGCUGAGCCGGUCAGGCUGUUUGACGACUUUAUUUACGUGGUCAUCCGCUUCUUUUUCGGCGGCCUUUUGAAUUCAAGGUUCGUCCGCAUCUGGCAAGCCAUUGAGAAGUCCGGCGAGGCGGCCCGGGAGCUCUGCCCCGUGGCCCACGCGCUCUCCCAGCUGCUCCGCGCGGAGUUCGAGCUGGCGGCCUCGCUCCCCGUCCUCGGCGGCGGCCCGGGCGCCUGGGCGCUCUCCUCCGCCCGGAGGGACGGCCUGCUGGCCGCGGCGCGGGGCAGCGCCCUCGGCGGCGCCGCCUCGUCCGCGCUCCUGCACGCCGCGCACCGCCGGGUCGCCCUGUGGGAGGCCGCGCUCGGCGCCCGGGCGCCCCCUGCGGGCGGCGGGGGCGCCGCCGAGGCCUCGUGUCCGCCCGCGGUUGCGGCGCUGCCCCCGUUUGCCUGCCGUGCGCUGCAGGCCUGGGCGGCCGUGGGCGCCGCGGAGCCGUGGGGAGACGGGCCGCGGCGAGCCGCAGGCACCGCGUCCGUGGUCGACCUGUGGCGCGGGGGGUUCGCGUGCGCCCGAUGGGAGCGCCGCACAGGCCAGGCCAGCCGCGAGGAGCCGCGCCCUGGGCGGGGCUUCGUGCCCGCCCCUCUGGUGGACGGCGGCAGCGAGGACCUGCUGCGUCGGGAGGUGCGCUGGCUUGAGCGGGCAUCUCUCCGGCGCUCUCCGAACCCGUUGUGCUGGACGCCGGAGCGCCGGCAGCGCGGCCUCACCCCUGAGCUGUGCUGCGGGCAGCCCGGCCGCCUGACCGUGGACGCCCAGGCUUGCUGGGACGCCGUGUACUCAGCGGGCCCGUGCUGCAGCAGGCCAGCUGGGCACCGCUGCGGUGACCUUGUGCUCGCCGCCGCCAGCGACGGUGUGCGCACGUGGGAGACGGACGACGUGCUGCGCGAGUUCCACGGCGCCCUGGCGGGAGAGCUGCUGUGGGCGUCGCGCGGCGUGGGCCGCGAGGCCGCUCCCGGCGACGACGGCCCCCCGUUGGAGGCGCUGGCCGCGCUGGCAUCCCUGUGGCCCGAGGCGGAUCUAAAGGAGCGGUGCCCGGAGGCGUGGGCGCUGGCCAGGCUCCUGGACCUCGUGGCGCCAGGCGCGCCUGGGGCGGCGGAGUUGGCUGGAGACCCCCGGUCCCGCGAGCUGCUGGAGGUUUAUGCCGAAGACGGGGGAGAGUGGCUGAGCGACGCGCUGCGCGCGGCUGCAGGCAGCAGGGCCGCACUGCCAGCUGGCGACCUGGACACGGGCAGUGCAGAGUGGACGGGGCACCCGACCAGUAAGGUCGAGCAUGCCUGGCGAUCUGCGUUGGAGCAGUGCGCUUCGGCAGUCUGCAGCUGGAAUGCGGUGGAGGAGGAUGCUGCGGCGGGCGCGGCCUGCAGCGGAAUCCCUGUCCGCUCCGAGCACGGCGGUGUGGGGCGAACCACCGCUUUCGGCCGCGCGCUGUGGUGCGCGGCCCAGCUGACGCCGGCCAGGCUGGCGAUCGACCUUUACGGGGGCGAGGGGGACACGGCGGUGCUGCUCGCCGACGGCCUGCGCGCCCAGGCGGGCGGCGAUGGGCUCCUGGCCACCUUCGAGGCCGACGUGGGCCGGGCGCGGCGCGUUUCGGCCCGUUUGGCGGCCCGGGGCGUCGCGGUCCGCGAGGUGCUGCUUCCUCCCGGUGGGGUCGUGGGUGCCGAGGUGGAGCGGGCCUUCCAGGAAGCGGCGCAGCAGGGGGGCGUCGGAGCCGUCGUCUUUGCGGGAAGGACCUCGACGACCGUUCUGAACGAGGGGCGCAGCGUCCUUGCCGCCGCGUGUGGCCGCGCAGGCGGGCUCGGCCUCGUCCUGCUCGACCCAGACGUGGAGAUGGGCCCGCACGAGUUCGCCGAGGACUGGCGCGCCCUGGAGCGCUGCGGGCCCCUGGCCACGGCCAUCUACAACACGAACCUGCCCGGCGGCGCAGGCUGGGUCAGGGAGCGGCUGGUCCACGCGGGCGGGCACAGGGAGGUGCUGGCCGGCUUCAACGACGGCGGCAGCGGGGAGGCCGACGUGCUCUACCAGUUGCGGGCCUGGUCCCUGCUCGUCCUUGGCUCCGCCCGGCUCCCGGGGGUCGCGGGGGGGGAUGGCGGGCGCGCGGCUCUGCCGCCGCAGGCUGGGGGCGCCUCCGCGGAGCAGGACCUGGAGCAGAUGCGGGUCCUCUCCUCCAUGGAGUCGGGCGCGUCCUGGAUCGGGGCGACCUUUCGCUCCACGAGGGGCGGGGCGGUCAAAAAGGUGCACAGCGCCGUUGAGGGCAUCGUGCCAGUCCAGAUGCUGAGGCCCACCGAUGAGCUCCUGGCGCCGCCCGCGGUCGACACGAAUCCGCACGCGUGCUUUUCGGAGCUCAACUCCGACGCCGCAGACUACCGCUUCAGAGUGCCCUGUUUUCUGACGUGUGAGGGCCCCGACUUUGACUCCAGCUGGGGAGAUUUCCGAAGGCUGGUCCACCAGAACGCGAAGGACGGCUACCCGCCAGACGAGGUGCUCUUCGGGACGGCCAGCCGGCUGAUCGCGGAUGUGGCCUUCAACGAUUCUGCGCUCAUCCUUGGGCGCUCCCGCUUCAUGUCCAGGCUGAGGCACGAGUUCACGACCGACGGGCACCUGGAGGCGUUCUGCCUCUACGGGAUCGCCAGCGCCCUCUUCGUCCGCGCGCGAACCUUUCUGAGAUCCGCCGCAGUUCAUGAACCGUGGCCAGGUCCGCUCGGCCCCCGUCGCGGCCAUGAACGACCUGGAGAGCUCGCCUUCGCCACGGUCAGCGACUCGGACACGACACGCUGGCAGGACUCGAGUUCAGCUUCUUGGAGAACUCUGGGUGGCCGGUCCGCGUGGAGGACAUUAUUGUCAAUAUCGAGGCUCAGGAGACGCAGAUCCCUCGGCUCCCCGUUCGUCGCGUCUUUGGGGGCGGCCGCGGCUGGCGCCGGGCCCGGGUGGGGUGCGCCUCCAGUGCUCGGCAGGAGAGCGACGCGCCCGUGCUGGACCUCGAGCUGCCGCCCCGGCCGUUCCGCAUCUGCGGCGUGGGCGACCACCUGGCUGCCACGUUUGAUGUCAUGCUCAUGGCCGAGGAGAGCCUGCGCCUGGCGGGCCACCGGACUGUGCAGUUCGAGCGCGCCCUGUUGGGGCGCUAUUGCCCUCUGCACCAGGGUCAGCAGCACCAGUGCCGCCAGCGCUGCCAGCUGCUCGGCGCUGGCUGCGGCGCCGGCGGCGAGGCCGACGACCCCGUGGAGCAGUGGCUCGCCAGAGUGAUCCACCCGGAGACGCUGGACGAGCUGCCGUUCGACCUCGCCGAAAGGCGGGAGAGACUCGCAGG